AUGGAGAAAGUGUCGGAAAUAAGGUCCGCCAUUGAUGAGUUAUCCAUGGUGGUUUUCAACAAAGUCAAACCCGGCGAUGAUCAUAGUGGUGGUGGUGGUGCCGCCAUUGAUGAGCAGAAGCAUAAUAAUAGUAUUUCUGCCUCACACAAUGCUCAUAUUUCCACUAAGCCAUUUCUGGCAGUUUGCAACUUACUUCUUCAAGUUCUUGAUAAGAUAGGGCCAACGAUGGCUGUAUUCAGACAAGACAUUCAUCAGAACAUUCAGCGGAUAGAGAAGUUGUACGAAUCAGAGCCGUCAGUAUAUUCGAAUCUAGUGGAAAUAUUGAAGAAAGAGAAAGUUGAAGGCAAAGCAAGAACUGGUCAUAGCUGUAGUAAAGCCUUUGUUUGGUUGACCAGAUCAUUGCAUUUUACUGUUACUCUAUUACAAUUGUUGGUGGAGGAUUUGAAUAGGAAUUUGGAACAAGCAGUGGAAGAAUCCUACAAUCUCACUCUGAAGCCAUGGCAUGGAUGGAUUUCAUCAGCAGCAUAUAAAGUGGCGCUUAAACUAGUUCCAGAUACGGAGUGUUUCAUUUCUCUUCUGAUGACCAAAAAUGAAACUCAAGACUUGCUUAAGGAAGAAAUGUGCACCUUCAUUUCACUAUGUGCUCCUGUUUUAGAAGAAAUUCAUAGUGUUCUGAAAGCGUAUGAACUGGAUAGAUUAAGGUGUACUUGA